UCUGGGCCGGACUGCUGAUGUAUCCCAGCAGCCCCCGGGCCCAUAGCAACAGGAAACCCUGGUAUAUAAAGCCACGACGCAGGGGGAACCCUCCUAAGUGUCUCUCAGCCGCAGCAUGACCGGGACGGAGAGCCUGCGAGUCGUGGGGACUUAACAAGACAAUGCCCAGCGCCGCCGCCGAGCCACUCGACACGCAGCACUCCAUCAUGGACAGGGAUGACAGGAGGAGAAACAAGAACAUUGGAAAGAACUUCAUGUGCCGACUCCAGUGCAUGUUCUCCCACUCGUCGAGCUCGGAGAGCAGGCUAAGUUUAGAAGAUACCCAACAAUGGUCACAGUCACUGGAAAGGCUCCUCGAGUCUAAAUAUGGACUGGCCACCUUCCGCAACUUUCUCAAGUCCGAAUACAGCGACGAGAAUAUCGAGUUCUGGCUCACCUGCGAGGAUUACAAGAAGAUCAAGUCUUCCUUCAGAAUGUCCUCGCGAGCCAAGAAGAUUUAUGAGCAGUUCAUCAAGGCAGAAUCUCCUAAAGAGAUCAACAUCGACUAUCACACCCGCGAGCAGAUCAAGAGGAACGUCAAGAGUCCCAGCGUGCACUGCUUCGACGACGCCCAGAAGAUCGUGUACGGGCUGAUGGAGAGGGACUCGUACCCGCGGUUCCUCCGCUCCGACAUUUACAGAACUCUCCUGGAGAACCUGGCCGCCGACGCCACGAAGGGAUGAAGGCGCAGUCGGGGAGGGAGAAAGAGAGAGAGAGAGAGAAAAAAAGGACAUUAGAAAAACCCAUAACUGGAAUGUCUGAGCUCCUUCCGGAGGGAACGACUGACAGCAAAGAAGGAAGGAGGGCGGACCGGCGCGGCACGCGGCGGCAAGGCCGCGCACCUCACACCGGUGCCACUAGAUCCGGAAAGCAAGCGGCGACCCGGGUCCCGUCAACAAGGAGGAUGAUCCCCGACACCGGGGACCGACCGGCCUCGUGGCCCUGUGGUGUGCACUCUGCACCGGGCGUGCAGUGAAUGAGUCAGCGUUGCCGCGGCGACGCCCGCCCUGACCGCGGAGCUGCGUGAGGGGAAGCCGUGCAGCGGACCUCCUUUGGCCUUCUUUGCAGGGGGUGUUUCCUGUGCAGAUUGAGAUUAGAGGAUGUAUGAUGUCGCACUCGAUCAGUUGCGUGCGUGCGUGCGUGCGUGCGUGCGUGCGUGUAUUUAGUUUAUUCAUUUUAAUUUAGCUGCCACUGACACACAAUGAUCUGUCACACGCAGAGCUGGCCAAGCAUCUGGUGAAAGAACUCACGCAGGCGACAAACCCGAAGGCGGCUGAAGGACUUGAUAGUCACGUGUCGUCCUUGGGGACGGGUUACAGAAGGCCACUUAGUUGUGCAAGAUUUUUCUUGACUGAUAUGACGUUUUCAAAAACUAAUACUGAUAUUAUGAUUAUUUUUAGAUUUAGGCUGCCUGUGGGUGAUACUUUUUUUCAAAAAUUUUAAUAACUUUAAGGUGGUAAUUUUCCAAACAGUAAAAGUAGCUAGUAUUGUCUCUUUCAGGGCAACUGCAAGAUAGUUUAUAUUUUUUCAAGGAUGGCAAAACAUAAAUCGUGCACACGUCUGCGUUGAAUCUUGAACUUCUGCGUCGCAGCCGGUGAUUGUCUGACUUAAUUCCUCAGCACACGACGACUUCCAGUCAGUCGAAGAAAAGAAAAAAAGCGUUACAGCACUGAAGCGUCAACAGUUGUGAUUUUAUUUCACAAACUACGAGUGGAAAAUGAAAUAGAAAUAGUAUCGCGUUGCAUGAUGGGAUGUUCAAACUUAUGUCUUAAUACUCUACAAACCAUGUUGUUUGAACGUGUUUCUUAGGGAGUUGAUAGUUAAUGUUAAACAUUUUUAUUAUUUAUUGUUGAUUGUCACAAUUUCAGUACAAUUUUUUCUUCUUUUUUUUUGCAGUGUUGAUGUGCUUCUUCAAAUGUUAGUGAUUUGAAUGACAUUAAAUUAUUUAAAUUGCA